GCCUGUGGCCGGAAAUGUGGGCAGUUCAACUAGGCAUGGGGAGCCCGGCUCCCAGGCCUCGGUGCCCGCUGCAAGAGCAGCGUGCCCGUUGGGAGCGGAAACGCGCCUGCACCGCCCGGGAGCUGCUGGAGACCGAGCGGCGCUACCAGGAACAGCUGGGGCUGGUGGCCACGUACUUCGUGGGGAUUCUGAGAGCCAAGGGCACCCUGCGACCACCAGAGCGCCAGGCCCUGUUUGGGCCAUGGGAGCUCAUUUACGGCGCCAGUCAAGAGCUGCUUACCUACUUGGAAGGAGGGCACUGGGGACAGGGGCUGGAGGGCUUCUGUCCCCACCUGGAGCUCUACACCCAAUUUGCUGCCAACGCAGAGAGGUCCCAGACCACCCUGCAGGAACAACUAAAGAAAAGCAAACGUUUCAGGAGAUUCAUCAGGCUUCAGGAAGGCCGCCCUGAGUUUGGGGGCCUUCAGCUCCAGGACCUGCUCCCUUUGCCUCUGCAGAGGCUUCAGCAGUAUGAGAAUCUCGUGGUAGCUUUGGCUGAAAACACAAAUCCCAAUAGUCCUGAUCACCAACAGCUCACACGGGCUGCUCGGCUGAUAAGUGAGACCUCCCAGAGAGUCCACACCAUUGGUCAGAAACAGAAGAAUGACCAGCACCUCCGGCGUGUCCAGGCUCUUCUCAGUGGACGACAGGCAAAGGGGCUAACCUCAGGUCGCUGGUUCCUACACCAGGGCUGGUUGUUGGUGGUGCCUCCCCGUGGGAAACCUCGGCCCCGGAUGUUCUUCCUGUUCUCUGACGUGCUUCUCAUGGCCAAGCCCCGGCCCCCAUUGUGCCUGCUGCAGAGUGGCACCUUUGCCUGCCGGGCCCUCUACCCCAUGGCCCAGUGUCAACUCCACAGGGUCUUUGGCCACUCGGGAGGCCCUUGUGGGGGACUGCUCAGCCUGUCAUUUCCCCAUGAGAAGCUACUGCUUAUGUCCACAGACCAGGAGGAGCUGUUACGCUGGUACCACAGUCUGACUUUGGCUAUCAGCAGCCAGAAGAACUAGAAGAAUCUUACAAAUUCCAGAACCAGGAUACUUCAGGGAUAGGUUAGGGUCAGGAGCACAAAACUAAGCAAAACAGAACACCUUAUGGUGUGAGAAGGGUCAUUUUGUGUUUGCCUGGGACUGGGUUAUUUGACCAGCUUUUAAGGAUAAGGAAACUAAGUCUGACCCAUUUGAAUCUCCGCUGAACCAGUCCCCUCCAGCACACAUGAGGGGAUUUGGGGCUGAUGAGCAAGGUGGUGCUGUAUCUAUGACCAGUUGUUUAUCAAGAUUGUGGCUUUGCAAAUGUAGCUAUUUUUAUAGUUUUAUUUUCCCAAUGGAUUUAAGUAAAGUUUUGUGUUCUUUUGAAAGACUUUUUUGUUUCAGCUAUGUGAUAGGAC